GGGGUCGCCACCAGGACUUCCGUGUUGUUAGCCAGGUCCAGCAGUUGAAGACAACAAGGCCGAGCUCGAUGUCGGUGUCAGUGUGGAGACAGGAAGGACACGUGAGGCUUGUGGUGAACACUGGGCCCUGAAGUCCCUGUAGCCCAGGUGUCAGAUUUUGAAUUCGCACACACAGGUCACACUGGAUGGGUGGGCUGGUAACAUUUUAGGCCAGCUGUUAUCGUCCUUUGCACCUGUACGGGUAGCACAAUGGCCAGUCACUUCCGUAGCUACAUCUGGGACCCAGUUCUCAUCGUGGGCCAGAUUGUGCUGAUGCAAUGCAUCUACUACAGCUUCUUGGGCCUGUGGUUGGCCGGAGUGGACAGUCUGGUGCAUUCUAGUCGAUCACUGGACCAGAUCUUCAGCUACGAAGUGCUUGGCUUUGCAUCAAUACAAGGAAGGCUUUCAAUGAUGGCGUUCAUCUUAAACUCUCUCACCAGCGCCCUUGGUCUGUGGUUCUUCAUACGUCGAGGGAAACAGUGUCUGGACUUCACAGUCACCGUGCAUUUCUUCCACAUGAUCGGCUGCUGGAUCUAUAACGCUCAUUUUCCAGCUGCCCUGUCCUGGUGGCUCGUCAAUAUAGCCUGCAUGGCCUUGAUGGCUGUAAUUGGAGAGUACUUGUGCAUGCGAACUGAGCUCAGGGCCAUUCCUGUCAAUAGUGGACCCAAGUCUAACCUGUGAAUUUUUGUCGACACCAUGCUGAAAAUGUGUGGCUGGCUAACCCUCAACGGACUCGCUCAAUGGACGUUCUUCCACUUUUGGUAAAAGAAGACCCUGCAUCUGUUAGAUUGUCAUGCAUUUCCUCUUAAACGGAUACAUUGGAUGAACUGAUCUAUUUAUUCUCUGCCCUUUAAAUGUUGGACAGUGUUCACUCUAACAUAUUAAGAUACAUAAUACUAUGCCUGAAAGAGGACGUCACUUUCUGUGAAACUAACAACUGUUAGAAGUUUUUUCUUUGACAACUGGUAACUUUUCCUCUCAAAACUAAGAACAUUAGCACGAUCAUUCCUUUUCCUAAUUUUAAAACUUUUUAAAAUUGAAAGUAUUUUUUCUUUUUCAAAUGCAUUGAAAAGAAAUAUCUGAUUAUAAACAGGGGCGUUAGACAACUGUCCAAACCAGACAUUUGUCCUCUUUCCUCUCUGCUGUGUUGCAGGGGCAGCCACCGGACAUCAUGACCAUCCUGUCACAGGGUAUAUUGUUUGUUAUAUCUCACAGCAAUUUAGAGAUGUAAGUGCAAAGUUAUCAGUUAUAUCUUUUUUGUCUUAUACAGUCACCGGAUGUAAAAAAUCCAGAUGUUGGAUUAAAAGUCCAAUGUUCAAACUGAGGAUUUUUGAAUUCAGUAAUCGCAGUCAACAUUAUGUGUCGGAGAGUUUUCUCCUUUAACAUAUCACCAGUAAAAUCAGGCUUCUUUUUACCUAUCUGGAUAAACUUUGUACAUUCUGUUUGUUCUAGACUUUCAGUACAGUAUUUUGCACAGCUUGUUUGCCUCCCUCUCUUCAUGUCAUGGUGUAUUAUGCAGAUAAGGUGGCCACUUGGGGGACAGUUUUCAGCAACCAGCUGUGUUUCCAAACAUACAGUCACUGUUUUUGGGGAGGUGACAUGAAAACACCUGAAAUGUGCAGCACUGAUGAUUUCUGGAAAAUCAGCUUUUAAGACUCAAAAUUACCUUGUUAGUGCGGAAUAUGUGGUCUCUUGAAUUAAAAUCUGGUUUUGAAGUGGAGUAAAAAUACAAUAUUGGUACAGUUGACAUUUUGGUAAAUUUGCUUUCUUGUCUAUUUGAGGUCAAUGCAGUUAUCUGUAAGCGGGUCAACAUGCUGAGCAUGUUUUAAAACUGACACCAGCCCCUCCUAAGCUCACUGUAACAUAUUAUUACCUCUGAUACUAUAAUCUUUGCAUUGUUUGUUCUUCUGAUGGCAGCAGUACUACAAAACAAAUCUCAAAUUAGCUUGUGCAGGGGUGGGGCAUGAAUCAUUGAAGAACUCAUAACCUUUUGAAGUGGAUCCAGAUAAACGGGCUGAUCCAGGAAUGUUGUUCACAUGAUUUAACAUAGCAGUAUAGAGCUUUUGCACAGGUAUGCAUUGUCUGGGCGCCCUUCUAGUUUCUCAUAGGUUUAAUCUGAUGAGAAACUCACAGCCAUGGCACUCCUUUAUUUUAGAUUUAGUUAUCGUACAAUUAAAGUAGAUGAGACAUAACAUGUUAAUCAAUGAGCUUUAAGAGGUGCUGGUAGUUGGAUUUUAUUACCUCUGCACAGAGCAAAGAAACCCUCUCCUUCCGGUUUUUCUUUUAGGCUACAGACAUGAGAGUGGUAUCUAUCUGAAGCAACUAUAAGCAAACAAGCACAUACUCAAAACUAUUCCUUUAAGAUUUGUUCAAAGUCAUGACUGCUCUUGCUAAGCCAUUGUCGGUAUUUGAUUAUUUGUAGUCAUGGCAGUGCAAGUAUUCCCAAUGCCACCAUUUUAUUAUUUUUUAGCAUAACUUAAGUUUUUAUUUAAACACACAAAACUUGUGAACUGGACCUAUUCAUGUAAUUAUAUUCCCUGGCUUGAUAUUAGACAGAAGCAUUAUAGUUAAAUUGUAAAUAUUUUCCUCUGACUAUUUGAACUGUGUUUGCAGAAGCAUUAAGACUUUUUUUUUCUCGCACACUUGCACAAUGCAAGUACCUCUGUGGAUACGCUGUUUAAUAAACCCUGCCGGUUUGGAUUGUUUGAAGAGAACGGUGAAUAUGUCAGUCAGGAAUCUGCAGGAGAAAAACAAUGAUUGGCCAUUAUGCUUCAGACAACAAAGAUGGAUCUUCUAAUGAGGGUCACAACAUGAGCGUGUCUGUGCUCCUCCUCAGGUUCUCCACCUCGGGCUCUGACCUCUCAUUUCCUCCCACCACCGUCACCGUAGGAAGUGUCCAGGUGGAAAGGAGCAGAUGGGAGAGCGCUAACGAGUGAAAAACUGCUGGCCGAUCCUCAUUAGCAACGCUUUGCUUCAUGGACGACUAAAAACAGAAGCUCAGUUGUAAAUGAGGUUGUAGAGCCGAGGACUUACUGCAUCGAUUAAAUAUGCCACUGCUUUA